AAAAUCAGUCAUAAAUUGUCAUUUACAAUCGAAGAACUUACCAAAGUCCACCCGAUUUCGUAUGAUUGUAUUAUUCACAAGCUAUGGCCAUUGAUUAUUACAAAGUGCUUGAUAUUCCUCGACAAGCCUCUUUUGAAGAAAUCCGAACAGUUUAUCGUAAAUUGGCGCUGAAAUAUCAUCCUGAUAGAAAUAAUGAACCCGGAGCAUCACAGAAAUUUAACGAGAUAACUGAAGCUUAUUUUGUACUAAGCAAACAAAGCAGCAGAGACGAUUAUGACCGCAAUGGAAAAAGUGAGGGAUCCACUACGUCGACAUUUUCAUCAACUUUCUCUAAUGAAAGCAGAGCUAGAAGCGUCUUCACGGCAAUAUUUCCUGGUAUAUUCCCUAAUAGAAAAACAGAUCUUAUAGAUGAUCUCAUAGACUUGCGAAUGAACGUUGUCAAAAGACGAGGAAGUACAGGACAGGUAACUGUUGGCAAGUCAGGUAUUAAGAAACAGAGAUCCUUGAGUCAAGAUAGUCCAAUUUAUAAAGAUUUGUACGUUACUUUGGAAGAAAUCAUGACAGGUUGUACAAAAAAGAUGAAGAUUACAAAAAAUGUUUUGAGCACAGAUCGAUCUUCAUUAAGAAAAGUAGAAAAAAUUCUCAGGAUUGAUGUUAAAGCCGGCGCAAAACCAGGCACGACGAUUACAUUUCCUAAAGAAGGAGAUGAAAAACUUGGAUUUAUACCAGCGGAUAUUGUAUUCGUAUUAAGAGAUAUCACACAUCCUUUGUAUCGACGGGACUCGAAUAAUAACCUAAUUCAUACUGUAAAGAUAAAUUUACGCGAGGCGCUUAUUGGCGGUAAUUGUUAUACUGUACCAACUUUAUUGGGUGAAAGAAAACUUUGUUUCGAUCCAUCAGGAAAAGUUAUCCAACCAACUUUUACAAAGAUCUUUUCUGGCGAGGGCUUGCCCCAUCCCGACAAUAACGAAAGAUUCGGUGAUCUUGUGAUGACCUUUGAUAUUAUAUUUCCCACUGUUUGCAGCAUUGAACAAAAAUAUCUCCUGAAAUCUAUUCUUCCCUGAAGCUAUAAUUGUACGUAUUUCCUUGUCAAAGGAAUUAUGAUUUCGUUUGUCUAGACAAUAAUUUCCUGACAAUAUUUUAAGGAAGGAUUCUUUAUUCAGUGUUGUCAUAGUUUUUAUCAUAUUAUCAAGAACAUUCUUUAAUUAAUGAAAUGUAUAAAUAUAUGUCUUAGUUAUCUAGAAAGAAUUUUCUGUAAAAUAAGAUUCGCUUUUGCAUGAAGUGCUUAUUUUCACUCUUUCCUACUUUUCUUAACCACAGUCAAUUUUGGUCUAUUUGAAAACUUUAAAUAGAAGAUAUCUUUAAGCAAAGCGUUCUGUUCCUACCAAAAAUGAUGCUUUAAUAAUUUGUAUAAUAAUACGAGAAAGGUCUAUUUGUUUUGAUGUGUAAUUAAGUGCGUACCCAAGAGAUUCCUGCCGUCAGUUUUUGUUGAUAAAUUGUAGAGUUUUUAUAGUAAGUAUUUCAUCGCAUGUGUCUACAGUCUUAAUUUCUCAAUUUCUUCUGUAAUAUUUUUGAAUAAUAAAUUAAGUUCAUGCUUUAGGCAUCUGAUCAAAAUGAGAAA